GUGAUCAACAUACGGUCUGGCUACAAAGAACACAUAUUACACUGACGUUACCAACAAUGUCGGCUGAAUUCAGAUCAACUUCUCAUCAUGAACUCGGUCAUCAUGAAAUCACCCGUACCCCUGACGGACAAGAGAUCCUGGAUGAAAACAGUCCUGCUGAGCACGUAUCCAUUGACGAAACGAAAUCUACUACCGAUAGUAAUGCUCGCACUGACCUCAGUAAUCCAGGUUCUGUUGAAUAUCACUACAUUGACGACGUCAACCCAGCCUCUGCCUAUCAACAGCUGACAGAAGAACGCCAGUCGAAAGCUGAUGGUGACUAUGAAUGCAUUGCUGUCACCAACCCUGCGUAUGAUUACAUUGAAGCAAUGAACGAGCCACGUACGCCUGCAUCAAGGAACAGUGCUGUAGAUAAGUGUAAGAAGACCAUGCCUUUUCUUGGUCCAAUAUUUGCCAGUGUGACAGUGAACAUCAUAGCUGGGUUCUUCUUUUCCUUCCCGUUUCUUGUCCCUGUCAUCUCAAGAAGAGCAUUCAGUGAAGAGACGGACCCGGACGUUAAAAUCCCAAACAUAUAUUGGGCGUGUUCUGGACUGGCAGGUAUAUUAAGAUGA